AUGGCCAAGGAAAUUCGAGCAUUGAUACUUGUUGGCGGAGCCAUCCAACUAUUUCUCGAUGACAAUCAAGCUUACCCACUGGAGCGAUCGUUAGAGGCUAUCGGCGUAGGUUUACAGGCUUUCCGGGAUGAGUUAUCUGCUCAGCACAAUUUUAUCAACACUGGGACCGUAUGUGCAGGACUUUUAGUAUGUGCUCUUAAUCUUCUUCAGUCAACCUCGUGCACCGCGCAGAUUCAGCUGCUUGCUGAUCUCAAACACAUUCCUUCCGCAAUCUCUUCCCUCGCUCUCUCUCCAGAGCACCACACACCUAUUUGUCGUGUUCUGGAGUUCCUUGGUAUCCUAGAUAUGACCUCAUUUAUCCUAGGAAGACAGGCUCCUUCCGCGGAUAUAUGGAAACAUCUACGUGAAGCCCAAGAUGGUUGGAAGGAGGGAAGAGUUAAAGGUGUAGAAGCUCUGACUGGUAUGCCCAUGUCUCUCCUGGACAUCUUCGCGGACAUACCUUACCAUGACAGAGAGUCUCUUGAAGGACGCUUUUGGGAUUGGCCAGGCGAGAUAGGCAGGUUUGUCCAAUGCCAAACGUGGGAUUGCUGGCGCCUUGCUGGGAUUUUGGAUGUCCGCAGGCGCAAAUCGAAUAAAAAAAGAAACCAAUACUUGACUACCACAGUCUAUCAGGAGCCGGAGUCAAGCAUAGCCCCCAGUACAGACAUUGUUCUCGGGCGUUUGAUGGCGGCAAUUGACGCUGUGCUUAGAGGUGUCAAGCUACCUCAAAAUCAGAACCUACUUAUUGGCAAUGCGCUCGUCUAUCCUCUCAUGAUGGCCAGUCUAGAGGUUCCAUUGCUACAGUCUUACCCCUGUUGGAAAAAGUUGCUAGAUAAGGUGCGCUCCUACGUUAGUCAAAGAUCCGCCUUCAACUUGUGCAGGACGGGACUUGAACUGUUGGACGAAGCGUGGAUGACAGCAUCUGAUAGUUUUGACUUAGAUAAGGCGGCUCGUCGAAAGGGGGUUGAAGUUGCGAUAUUUUAG